CUGACACGUUUAGCUCUUUGUGAUCUAAACUUACUUGAAAAGGAAUUAAUAUUAAACUUUGCAUAAUCGUGACAUUGUUAUAAAAUAAUUCGAAGACAACUUGUUCCUAUCAUCUUAAAAAUAAUGAAUUCUGAAGAGGGUACAAGUAACAGUCAAAACAAGAAUGAAACAAAAGUAGAAGGAAGUUUUAAAAAAAAUGGUAAUCAAUCAAUUGAACAGCCAACUAAACCAUCUAAAGUUAUACAGUUUGAAAGUAAAUUAAAUGGAGAUCAAGUAAAGUUAAGUAACAAAUUGGGAGACAGUAGUGCCAAGAAUCAUUUGUCUUCAAAAGUUUCGGUUGCAUUUGCUAAUGGUACAAGAUCUUCACAAACUAAUACAUGUACUUUCAUCAAUGCUAUGGAUCAAGAUACAAAUCAAGAUAUAUUGAAUGCAGGUGUAUCUUCCAUGUUUUUAAAUACUAACAAUAUUAAAUCCCAGACUGUGAACACUAAUGUUACAAGUCAAUUGAAGCAUAAGACUAUAAUGAGUAUGAGCGGUUUGAAUUUGCCUAAGCCUCCAAUGCACUUAAAUUUAUCUUCCAGUCAGAACAACAUACAUGUGAAUCAUACUUGUAUGUCAGGUUCUUUUAAUACUGGCAGUACAUCAAAUGCUACUUUACAUUUAAAUAAUUCAGUAUCAGUUUCAUCUACAGUGCAAUCAAAUUUAUCAACGGCUAAACCAAAUGAGGAUAUUGAUAUGAAAAAUAAUGUAGAUUAUAUUUCUGGAAUUGAAAAGUGUCCAUCAAAAGUGUCAUGUAGUUCAGACUCUAGUCCUGAAGUGGAAAGUGUCUGGACAUCAAGGUCCUAUGGAUCUCACAGCCUAUUAAAUAAUAUAGGGGGUAGUAUAGGUUCAACAAGUCAAGGAACGUGUUGUUUCUUAAGACCUAACAUUAACGGGGAUAGGGAGGUAGCAGGACCAAGUGGAUUACAAAAGAAUACACAAAGAGAGCAAAAUGAGAGGAGGGAUUCAAGUUCUGGAAACGAAGGAGACAUGUCAGAUGGAGAAGAUUACUGUAUUUAUACGUAUAAGGGAAAUGAUAAUGCAGCUCAUUUGAUACAAAAGGAAGAGUUAAAUCAAGGGCAAGUGGAAGAACAUGAAGGAGAAGAGCAAUGUCCUAGUGGUAGAUCAAGUCCAGAAAUGGAUUUUUUGGAAAUGGACUUUGAUCCUGGGCCUUCUUGUGAGCAGGAUACAGGAGAUAGCGAUUUGGCAUCUAUAAAUGAAGAUAUACAGAAUAUAGCAUUAGAUAAUGUAGAUCCAGAUCCAGUAUUAAAUGAUUUAAGUAGUGGUAAAGUUGUAGCUAAACAAGGAAUUGCAACUACAUCUCAAAACCCAAAGCAAAGUGUACAAAAUGUGAAUAAUGCUGAGCCUCAGCCAUGUUCCAGUGGUACUUCAUCUGCUCCCGAAUCAAGUAUAAAACCAAAUUAUCCUGCACCGUGGAUGCCAAAUGCGACUGGAAAAUGGGAAACCACCAGAAUGUAUCGUAGUACAAGGUGUCCUUUACGUGAAUCAUAUGGAUAUCACAAUACAAGCGGAGAUCUUAUCUCACCGGGUGACAAUAGAGAUUCGGAUGCCGAAUUGUGGGUUGAAUCUUCAUCAGCUUCUAUUCCAGAAAAUUCGAGUUUAAACUCUAGGAGAGUGAAUCUCAGUUCAACUCUUUAUCAUCGUAUGAUGGCAAAGAAAUUGAUGCUCAAUAAACAAGCUGCAUUUAAUCAGAGUGGUGACUCAAAUCUAGAAAACGAAUUAUCUAACGAACGAUUAGAUGGCCUUUUACCAGUUGAAAAAAUUAUGUUAUGGAGUGAACAAGAAGCUACAGUUAAACAAGUAACUCAAAUAGGAACCUCUGCAUGUGGUGCUACUGCUGCAAUAAAUGCUUUGUUGGCUUUAAAUGUACCAUUUUCACUAGAAACAUUAGUAAAAGGUGUGAAUACUAGACAAAGAGAACCAGGUACACCAUUACCGCGAUAUUUAUACAGCCGAUCAGUGGCUGGAUCGACACACGAAGAUCUAGCUCGUGGUAUAGCGUUAUGUACAAAUGGAUCAGUCGUAACAAAGUUUUUUGCAUUUUAUCCAGAAAGGAAAGUUUCAUUGUCUCAUUGGUUACAUUAUUGGAUAUCAAAAGGUGCUGCGCCUAUAGCAACGUUAAAUUUACAACAUUGCGGAGAAGGGUGUGAUAUUCCAGAUGCAUGGCAUCAUCAAAUGAUAUUUGGUGUUGGACAAGCAGGAAUUUAUUUAACUAAUCCAUUAGAAUGUUUACCUGAACAGUAUGUAUGGCAUCAACUUGUAAGUCCUAGUGUUUUGCUAGUACGAAGAGCGGAUAUUUUAGCUCAUUGGAAUUCUAAUACGGAUUUAACACCAAUCGCUGCUAUGGAUCAAAAGUGGCGAAAGCUCAAUGUUUUCGGUCAAGUUGUAAAUAUGGUACGCGAAGCAAUGACCCAGAGACGUCAACUUAAUAAUCUAACUACCGGUGUAACUCACAUUCGUAUUCCUGCAUCUUAUCAAGCAGGUAUUACAUUAGUUAUGUGUGCAGACUCUGCAGCUGCUUCCGAGUUGUUACAUACUGAACAAUUACCAUUACUCUAGUCUUGUUGAUCAAAAUUAAUAAAAUCCAGGCUGCCCCUUUUUAUUUGUAAUAAAUUUAAUUAGCAGGCUG